AUGCCUACUCUCAACCUCGACCUCCCUAACGGGAUCAAGUCCACCGUUCAGGCUGAAUUGUUCAUCAACAACAAGUUCGUCCCCGCUCUUGACGGCAAGACUUUCGCCACCGUCAACCCUUCCACUGGUAAGGAGAUUGGUCAGGUCGCUGAGGCUUCCGCCAAGGAUGUCGAUGUUGCCGUCAAGGCUGCCCGUGAGGCUUUCGAGACUGUCUGGGGUGAGAACACUCCUGGCGACGCUCGUGGCCGUUUGCUGAUCAGGCUCGCCGAGCUUGUUGAGGAGCACGUUGACGAGCUUGCUGCCAUCGAGUCGCUCGACAACGGAAAAGCCUUCUCCAUCGCCAAGGGCUUCGACGUUUCUGCUGCAGCUGCCAACCUUCGCUACUACGGCGGCUGGGCCGACAAGAACCACGGAAAGGUCAUCGAGGUCGACAACAAGCGUCUCAACUACACCCGUCACGAGCCUAUCGGUGUCUGCGGUCAGAUCAUCCCUUGGAACUUCCCCCUCCUCAUGUUUGCCUGGAAGAUCGGUCCCGCCCUUGCUACUGGUAACACCAUCGUUCUCAAGACUGCCGAGCAGACCCCUCUCUCAGCCAUUAAGCUGUGCGAGCUGAUCGUCAAGGCUGGCUUCCCUCCUGGCGUCGUCAACGUCAUCUCUGGUUUCGGUCCCGUCGCCGGUGCCGCCAUCUCGCAGCACAUGGACAUUGACAAGAUCGCCUUCACCGGUUCUACUCUUGUCGGCCGCAACAUCAUGAAGGCUGCUGCCUCCACCAACCUCAAGAAGGUCACCCUCGAGCUCGGCGGCAAGUCGCCCAACAUCGUCUUCAAGGAUGCCGACCUCGACCAGGCUGUCAAGUGGUCCGCUUUCGGUAUCAUGUUCAACCACGGGCAGUGCUGCUGUGCCGGUUCGCGUAUCUACGUCGAGGAGGAAAUCUAUGAUGCCUUCAUGGAGAAGAUGACCGCCCACUGCAAGGCGCUUCCCGUCGGUGACCCAUUCGCUGCCAACACCUUCCAGGGUCCUCAGGUCUCGCAGCUCCAGUACGACCGUAUCAUGGAGUACAUCGAGUCGGGUAAGAAGGAUGCCAACCUUCACCUCGGUGGUGUUCGCAAGGGUAACGAGGGUUACUUCAUCGAGCCCACCAUCUUCACCGAUGUUCCUCACGACGCCAAGAUCGCCAAGGAGGAGAUUUUCGGCCCCGUCGUCGUUGUCUCCAAGUUCAAGGACGAAAAGGACCUUAUUCGCAUCGCCAACGACUCAAUUUACGGUCUUGCCGCUGCCGUCUUCAGCCGAGACAUCAGCCGUGCUCUCGAGACUGCCCACAAACUCAAGGCCGGUACCGUCUGGGUCAAUAACUACAACCAGCUCAACCCCCAGGUUCCCUUCGGUGGUUACAAGGCUUCGGGUAUUGGCCGAGAGCUUGGCGAGUACGCUCUUGCCAACUACACCAACGUCAAGGCUGUCCACGUCAACCUCAGCGUUCCUGCCCCCAUCUAA